AUGAAUGAACGAAAUAUGUUUUGAAAUCAGUCAACAAGAAAAUUUGAUUUCGUGAUCGUGAAAUUGUGAUUGUGAAUUCGUGUGCAAGUGUGAAACAUAUUUUUGUUGUUGAUUUGCAAAGAUUUGAAAACAUUAGUUUAUAAAUCUUGAAUGGUUAUCAGAACAAAUUAGUUCACUGUCUGAGUAAUGAAAAAAAAGCUGGAAAUGUAAUAUUUUGCUGAUUACAUUCGUCGUUUUUGGGUCUUGCCCUCAAAAAAUACCGGCGGUUUAUAGUGGCUGUUUUGGCUAAUAUGGCUGCAGAUAAGGAACAAGUCAUCCAAGCACUCCGAGCUACACUAAUAUCGGUUAAAGGAGCCCUUACAAUUAAACAAUGUAAUCGAGAUUAUCGAGAACUUCAAGGGGAAUUUAUACCAUUCAAGAAAUUGGGUUAUUCUUCUUUGGAUAAAUUGUUUCUGGAUGUCCCUGGAUUUAAGGUGACACAGGUCAAUGGUGAAUGGUAUGUUGAUGCUAUAGCAAGCCAGGAAACACAGCACAUAGCUGCUAUGGUAUCUCGGCAGAAGUCAAGCAAGAAGACCAAUUUGAAAUUAACUCACCCAAACAGAUUUCCAAAGAAACAAGGAUCAUGGAGGAAACCCAAUCAAUCUACAGCCUAUCCAGCAAACAACCAGUAUUCAAGUCAGUACUACCGGGCAAAAACAUCUUACAAUAACAAUAACUAUUACAGCAACAAGUAUAAUCCCAAAUACAGCACUAAUUAUAAAACGAACGAAACGAAAAAUUCACACCCGAAUUCUAAACAUGUUACGAGAUCAUUAAGCGACCACUCUGAUAAAAGUGGAACAAAUACGAGUACUAAAAGUUACCACACCACCAGUCCUAGGGAUUUACCGAGUGAAGAUGUUCUUAAACAUUCCACGCGCGCUGAGACUGAUGUGAAACAGAGCAGUAAGGUUUCAGCGUCGCAAAGGCUGUCAAAUUUGAGAGAUCGCCUUAAUACUGUAGACCUUAUUCCAUUGCAGUUGCCAGCUGCUAACAAUGAAUGCUUAGAAAAUAGUGGUCCUGUUACAAGCGUGGCCCCAGCACAUAAUCUCGAACCACCUCCUAACUCAACAUCAGUCAUAAAACUGGAGUGGACAUGUCGCAAAUUGGGAUUGCCACAGCCGGUGUAUAAGGUUUACGAUAUCCGACCUAAGCGUGGACCUGUCAUUUAUGACUGCACAGUCAAAGUCGGGGCGUCAUACACUGCCUCUUCAUAUCCCGACUCUUCGCCGUCAGAAGAGUUAGCGAAGGAAGUAGCAGCGGUGAAGCUGCUGGCCAGCAUCGAGAGCGCGGACACGGGCAAGCUGCCGACGUCGGCGGCGGCGGGCGCGGUGCCGGGGCUGCUGCAGCUGUUGGCGGAGCACGAGGCGGGGCUCUGGGCCAGCACUGUGCCGCAUUUGUACAGAGAAAAGUUUGGAGAGAAUUUACCAGGUAACUGGCAGGAGUUGGUUGAAAAUUGUCCUAAAAUCAUAAAAGAUAGAGUUGUGAAUGGGCUUCUCGUACUUCUACCCAACAAAGAGGAAGUACCACUACCAUAUAAAGAAUCGAUUGUAUUGGACGAUAUCAAAGAUAAUGAUUUGCCGCCGCUUCAGUUCCCCGAAGACGAUUUUUGGAAUGUUUAUAUUACUGUAGCUAAUUCGACAUUAGAAAUUUGGUUAAGGAUCAUUGGACCCCAAUAUAGCGAUAUAUUCGAAGUAUUACUAGCUGAUAUGGGUAAUUAUUAUGACCAUUCCGGAACGAUUGUGGAUAAGUCGAUGAUAAUAAAAAAUGCAUGGUACGCUGUGAAAUUAGACGAUGGUGGUUGGCAAAGGGCUAAGAUAUUAGAGAUAGAGGAAGAUUGCGCCACAGUAUUCCUGGGCGAUCACGGCGAUGACGAUGUUGUUCCUUUAAAUAAGAUCAAGAUUCUCGAACCACAGUUUAGGAGACUACCCGCUCAGGCGGUGCUGUGCCGGCUGGAGGGCGCGGAGGAGCUGGCGGCGAGCGAGGCGGGCGCGGCGCUGGUGCGGCGGCGGCUGCCGGGCGAGGUGCUGGUGGCGGCGCCCGGCCCGCGCCCCGACCCCCACGACCCCGCCGUCGCUCUGGUGCUCUACGACACCUCCACGCAGCGCGACCUCAACCUCAACAAGGAGAUCGUGCACGACUUCUGCAUCUCCGGCGCGUUCACCGUCACGCAGAAGCCGUGCGAGGUGGAGGUGGGCUGCGUGAGCGAGGAGGGGCGCGUGUGGGUGUCGCGGGCGGGAGGCGCGGGCGUGGUGCGCGCGGCGCUGGCGUUGCUCACGGCGGGGCCCUACCGCCGCCCGCUGCCCGCCGCGCCGCCCGCGCCGCCGCCCGCCUCCGCGCUCUACAUCGUGCGCACCAUUCACGGCGACUGGGUGCGCUGCACGAUAAUCAGCGGGUUGGACGGCGAAGGCACCGUGCGCACGCAGCUGAUCGACAGCGGCCUCAUCCUGCGCGCGCCGCUCUCCUCGCUGGUGCCGCUGCAGACCUUCUCCCCGGCGCUCAAUGCCUAUCCCGCUCAGGCGAUCCAAGUGCGCCUGGGAACGGCGGAGCGUGCGGCGGCGGCGCUGGUGCCGCGCCUGCGCGAGAUGCUGCUGGACACAGUAGUGGUGUGCCGCGCGCUGCCCGCGCCGCCCGCCGCGCCGCCCGCCGCUCCGCCCGCGCCCCACGUCGAGCUGUUCGUGCGCCUCGGCCCGCAGAGCAUCCUCGCCUCUGUCAACAACGCUAUCCUCAUGGAGUACGAGUAUCUGCAGCAUGGUAAAGAGAAGGAAGAAGAAAAGGAGAUGCCAAACCCAGUGGAAGCGUUGAACAAGAAGAAGGAGCGUAUCUUCCGGACGGCGUCGAGCGUGGAGCAAGAGCGGGGCGGGGCUGGGGGGGGACUACCGCCGCCCGCGCUGCCCGCGCCCGGUCAGUGCUUCGACGUCUACAUCGCCAUGGCCGCCAACCCUUGGAACUUUGUGGUCCAGCCCAACAGUACUAGGCACACUCUGCAGAGCAUGAUGUCGACUUUACAAGCGGAAUGUCCAAAACUGUCGGAAUCCGAUGCUCCUGUAAAUCCGGCCAGUGGAGAGUUGUAUACUGUUUAUUAUGAAAAGGAUUCGUCGUGGUAUAGGGUGACGGUAGCAGGUACUGUCUCAUCGGAAAUGGUGUCAGUUUAUUUCUGUGAUUAUGGAGAUCUGGCUUUAUUCCCAAAUAAGGCAUUACGUCCAGUUCCGUCGGGUGCGCCGUUGGCGCGGUCAUUGCCCCCUCAAGCCAUUAAGGCUCGUUUAUAUGACGUUUGGCCUCUACAUCAAGACUGGACUGUAGAAGACUGUAUUAGGUUUCAAGAAUUGUGUGUUGACCAACAAUUUGUUGGUAUAUGUAAGGACGUUGGAAAGGAUCCAUUGAAUGCAAUCGAACCAUUACUUACACUAGAUCUUAUAGACACAUCCACAGACGAGGACAUAUAUCUGAACAAACAAUUAGUUGCCGAAAAUAGAGCACGUUUAGCCUCCGCUUCGUAAAUAACCAUAGUGUAUAUUUUGCUUAUAUAUCUUAUAAAUAACGAUUAUCAAAAGUAAUAAUGGAACAGAGUGUAUGCUAUGUACGUCUUCAUAUGUUGUUAAUCAUUUUAGGUGAUAUCUUUUAGACUAGAUUAGUCGGACUGUGUAUACCUAAGGUAUUUUAAAUUAAGUCUCUGAACUGAAUUUAAUGUUAUGAUUUCAUUCUUUUGAAAAGAAAUUAAUAUUGCUUAUUGUUGUGUUUUAAAUUUUUUGUAAUACUCUAUUAGCAUAAUGUCAAACAUUUAUUUAUAAGUACACAUACCACUCAAAUGUUAUUUCGACACGCCCCUUUUUUAUUAGUUAGUAAGAAACAAUAUUUAAUGUACUCAUAUAUAACGAAAGUAUAAAGGCAGUUAAAUUAUGGCUGUUACUCUUAUCCACAUAAAUCAGAGCAUCAACCUUGAUAAUAGUAACAGAUUGUGGUAGUUUUUUUUUCUUAUUUAAACUUUAUCUUAUAAAGACUGCCUUCCUAAUGGGCAAAACAGUAACUUUUAUGUAUGCACUUGAAAAAUAAUAAAAGCUGGUAUUCUUA